AUGAACUUCCCAACAUUAUUCUUUUUCAGGAUGUGGGUACUUCCACUAUUCCUUUUUGCGGGUCUGGCAGUUACCGCUGAUUGGAAGGUGGUCAAUGUGGAUAGAACUAUUGACAUCUCCUCACAGAUUGUCAAGGUCUCAUCACAGCUGACGCUUUCAAACACUGGGUCGACGGAGGCCAACACUGUUGAAGUACUGGUCCCCAAAGAGGAAAGCGAUCAUCUGGCUUACAUCGCUGCUCAAGAGGGUACUAAUAAGGGUAAACUGAAAGUGUCGAAACUGGCUGCAGAGAAGGAGGGUUUUAAGGUUUACAAGGUUGAACUUCUGAACCGUAUUGCAAAAGGCGCUGAGGUUAAGUUGAAGGUUGAGCAGCGAUUCACCGAAAUUCUUUCACCUUUACCAGAGAAGAUCACUCAAAAGGAAAAUCAGUUUGUCGUAUACAACGGCAAUGCUCAUUAUGCAGCUGCCUAUCCCGUUGCUCAGGAGAAAACAACUGUGAAGAUUGGCAACGGAAAAACUCUGUCAGCUACGCAAGUUUCGCCGACCAAUCAAGAAAAUGAGAAAAUUACCUACGGACCGUACAAGGAUCAGCCUGCGUUCAAUAGUAAACCCAUCAAAAUUCACUACGAAAACAACUCUCCCUUCGUGGUGGCAACGAACAUUGAGCGAACAAUUGAAAUAUCGCAUUGGGGAAAUAUUGCCGUUGAGGAAUACAUUGAAUUGGUUCACAAGGGAGCUGAACUGAAGGUGAUUUUGGUGUCUUCACUAUCAAUAAGAUUCGUGGCG